AUGCAUAGCGAAUCGAAAGUCCUCGAACAGUUUCAAACACGGAUGAUGUGUUGAUGGAACUGUUACUGUCACAUUCAUGUUGCGGGUCGAACUUCUUCCCUGAAUAAGUCCACACCCUCCAGAUCGCGUAGAUUUCAGGUGCUGCACUGAGGAACAGGCGCAGCGAUGGAAGCCUUGCACACGCAGGGAGUGUGGAUCGCUGCGACUCUGCAGAAACAGACCAAACAUCUGGAGCAGUUCUGGAUCGUCGUCACGCAUCUGGGAGACCCAAAAGCUGCUUUUCUGCUCGUCUUCCCCUUCACCUACUUCUGCUGUAAACGCGCCGGACUGGCAGUGAUAUGGACUGCAGCCGUCACCGAGUGGCUCAAUCUGGUGCUGAAAUGGUUCUUAUUCGGAGAGCGGCCAUUCUGGUGGAUCGGUGAAUCACGACUGUUUGUCACCAAUCAGCCCGAUGUUCACCAGUUUCCGUCCACAUGUGAAACUGGCCCUGGAAGUCCGUCCGGCCACGCGAUGGUGACGGCGGCCGUCUGGUGGGUCGUGGUCUCGUCACUGGGCUCGUUUCUAUACACUCGCACUCGUAGUGUGUCGUUGGCAGCAGCUCCAGUUCUUUUCUACAUGGUUCUCUUGAUCACCGUUGGCAUCUCAAGGGUCUUUAUCCUGGCCCACUUCCCUCACCAGGUCGUAGCGGGCUCGAUGGCAGGUUUUCUCCUGGGAGUCUUCCUGAACAAGAGAGUACCUGAGGAGCGCUCCCUGCUGUUCUUCUUCAGCUGCAGUGUGGGUCUGCUGCUCUCUGCUGUGCUUCUUCAUGCCGGACUGCAGCUCCUGGGAAUCGAUCUCUCAUGGUCAAUUGCUUUGGCGAAGAAACGGUGUAGCCGACCGGAGUGGAUUCGCCUGGACACGGCACCCUUCUCCUCGCUGACCCGGGACUGUGGGGCUCUGCUAGGUCUGGGUCUGGCUCAGUACUGGAAGCCAGGGGGCUGGAAUCUCCCAUGGGCACCGCGGGCUCUGACGCUGGCCCUGUCGUCCCUGGCUCUGUAUCACAUCCACCGUCUUCCUCUGCCAGUCCAACCUCCCAUCCUCUUCUACUCUCUGUUCUUCACCAAGUUUGUGCUGGUGCCGCAAAUUGUCAUGAUUCUCGUGCCUGGUCUGGUUCAACUCUUCACACACACAAAGAAUGACUAGAACUACAGUGAAGACCUUUGAACUUUGAGGGUUUACAAGUGGGAACUUUUGUCUCUCUCGGUUUACAUGAAUGUUUUUCUUUUUUUUCUGUAAUAAAUUAAUGAUAUUCGAUCAUUGGCUUUCCAUUUGGUGACUUGGCAUUUGCAGUCUUGGCUCUUGAAGUCAAGACGAGAAGGAGAAGCUGGCAUACAUAUCAAAGUGAGGUCUGUGUCAGGCACAUUUUUUAGGUCCAUGUGAGCCAAACUGCUGGUGUCUUCGGAAGAUAGGCUGAUUGCAUUUUGAGCUGUGGACAUGGUAAUUCACAUCUGGCUCAAUCAAAAAGGCUCCCUGCAGUGGCAUUAGCACUUGUAUGUUAUCUCCUUUUGAGCCACCCCCUCAUCAGCAUGAGCCCAAGCCCAUUGUCUCCGCUCUUCUGUGAUGUCACUAUUUGUUGAUCUAAAGGUCUUUGAAGUUGUCAAACUCAAACAUGCCCAAGAAGGGUUGUCAAUGUAGAACGGGAAGAAGAGUUUCAGCCACAGUUGGGAGUUUGUGCUACUAUUACACGCUUGGAGAUAAGGCGACGCAGAGGAGACUCUUUCAAUAAAAGAAAAAAGAUUCUAUAAAUAAUGAUAUAAAACAAACACACACACAAUGUCACAUUUUUGUGUGAUG